CAGCUACUCUCCAGUAGUAAUAAGAAGAUAAAAAAGUGAAGGCUUAUUUUCGCGGAAAAAAAUGUGGCACUGUAGUCUUGCAGUCUGUUGUUAAUAUAAUUGUUGAGUUUUAAAAUGAACACACAUUUAACACUUGUUGUCCUUUGGGCGUUAAUUAUGACUGUCAUAACAACAAAGGAAAAUGACAAAACUGUCGAUUUUAUUAAGAAGGAAACUGACAAGUUACUUAAGAAAGGAGUUCAUUGCACAUUGAAGAAGUUUUCUUUUCGCUCACUGGACAGUUUGAGGCUUGAAGCAAAAGAUGUUUCAGUAACACAGCUUUGUAUCUUGGAAUCUUUCAAAGACAAGCAGUUUGAAUCAUCAGGAUCUCUCUGGUCAACUCUAGGGACCAUCUAUAAGCAGCAAGGCCAGGAGUCUGCAGCUAACAGGUGCUUUAAACAAGCCAAAAGUAUCAUGGGGCCUUAUUCGGAAUACGUCAAGGAAUGGUCUUUCAUUGGGCCCUUUGUGAUUGGCAAAACAGAAGUUGAUGGGGAUCCAGUAGAAUCUUUUGGAGGAAUCAGAGAAGUGUCUAAAUUUCGGUUUAAGAAAAAUGCCAAGAUGUAUUCAGAACUGUCGUCUGGCGGGGAAAUAAAUUGGAUGUUUAUUAAACAAGCAGGGCCUGAUAAAGGGAUUCAGGUCCAGCCAAAGAUUAAUUGGAAUGAGCUUGUGAAUAGUCUAGGGUCAAUGGGUAUAACAGAAUGGCAGGGGUGGUUGGUAGGGGAGUUUGCAGUCAAUGAAAAGGGACUUGACCUUAUUGUUCAGUGUCUAGGUCCUCAUACAGUGUUCAUUGACGAUGUUCCAGUGCCUGGAGAUGUUUAUCACAGACAGAAGUAUUGGUUUGGUGUAAGUGUAGAUCAAGGCCUUCAUACAAUCUACAUUCGUGUGCGUACUAAAAUAAAUGCUCAAGUCCAUUGCCAAUUUACGACUGCCAGAAAUGGCUUUGAACUUUUAUCACCUAACUUUCUCCCAGAUUUGUUGGAUGGACAACUUUUUGGAAAGCACCUCGCCGUUCCAGUUGCAAACUAUGACAGCUCAAAUUUUGUGAAGAUUACAAAGGUGACAUUAAGUGACAUUGAAUCCAAGAUAUCUGAUGUAAGUGGUAAACUGGAUGUGAAAAUGUUGAAUCCCAGUGUUUUGAUUGCGCCUGGACAAACGUAUGCCUUAAAUCUUGUUCUCUAUUCCACCAGUUCCUCAGACAAGCUCAUUUCUCAUUGUUCAGAACCAGAAUCCCCUUGGGAUAUAAGAUUAAACUUAAAGGUCACAACAUCUAUAGGUGUUUCAUCGUUACCGAUAACGAUUCGGUGUAGGAAAGGGAAACAAUCUUUCUUGUUCACAUUCCGCGACCAUGAUGGUUCCAUACAACACGCAGCCGCUAUUCAGCCAUUAGAGCAUUGCCCCGGGGAUGUUUGCCCUACAGUGCUUUCACUGCAUGGUACCACGAUUCCCCCACAGAACCAGGCAGACUCCUACAAACACAUGGUCGGAGGGGAGUUUGUGUUUGGCUUUCCUCGAGCAUGGACCCUAGCCCCUACCAGACAUGGUGCUCACAAUUGGGAGGGACCAGGGUUGUUGACAGCCAUGACAGCGCUGGAUAGUUUGUCCUCAAUGACCAGGGACUGCAACUGGAUCCAAAACAAAGCGGAUAGCAAACAUGUGGUGUAUGCAGGUCACUCAAUGGGAGGUCACGGGGCGUGGCAUGUAGCGACUCAUUUCCCAGACCGAGCCCUGGCCCUGGUCUCACUGGCCAGCUGGAUCAAGAAGGAGGAGUAUGGGGAUAGCAACCUCUUCUUCAGGCAUGACAUUGCGACCAGUCAUGUAGAUCCAGCCUUGAAGAGCAUUCUAGAAUCCUGUAUCAUUGAAAACGAUGCUGACCAACAUUCUGUAAACCUGGGUGGGGUCCCAGUUGUUGGGCGAACAGGAGCUAUUGAUCGCACUGUUCACCCAUGGUUCCUACGUCGCAUGUAUCGUCUGCUGAGUGAGGAAGGGGUCAAGGUCAACUAUACAGAGGUCAAGGACAAGGAACAUUGGUGGUGGGACACAGUGGAUACAAAUGAUGGAGGGGCAGUCAAUGAUAAAUAUCUUCGAGACUUCACAAACUUUUAUAUUGACCAGUUUCUUGAUUCAAAGUCUUCAGGUUCUUGCACAGGGCCUGAUGCUGAAGACUGCCAAGAUGACCCGAUACUGAAGUACACAGACGGUCAAGAGUCAAGGUCAUUCAGAUUGGUUUGCUAUAACCCUGCCCUUGGUGAGGGAGUGGGUGGUGUACAGGUUCUGCAGCAGUGCAUUCCCUUCAGAAAAUCUGAGAUACAGGUUGAAGUAACAUGGGAUGUGGUAAAGUUCCAAACAAAAAAUGUUGCAAGAUUCUCAGUUUUGCCUCAUUUCUUCAAAGAAGUUUUACACAAGAAUAUAUAUAUUGAUGGCCAAUCAACUGCUAUGCCAUCAGAUAUGACGAGUGUAGCGGGAGAAAACGUUAUGAAUUUUUGUCUCAAAUCUGGAUGGGGCCAGUGUUCUGACGACCAAGAUAUGGGUCUUCUGAGGGGGACACUUACAUUGGGGCCUGCACGCAGGGUUGCUGAACAGCCCUUUAGAAUCAUCAUAGGCACACAAGGCUCAGAAGAAUCCCAGAGGGUCAUUCUGAAAUCUGCAGUGUAUGUUGCCAAUCUAUUCUUCCUCACUUCUGAUUGCCACGUUGACAUCGUGAAAGACACUGAUAUAUCUAUCAAUGAAUUAGAUCGUACACAUAUUAUUGUAAUCGGCAAUUCGUCUGAAAAUAUUCAUGUGGAGAAAUUAAUUUCCAGAAUUCCUAUCCAACCAUCAUCAGCUGGAAUUAGACUGGCAACCUGUAACUAUGCAUUCAAGAGAUCGGGUAUUCUUACGCUGGUUCCCAACGGCCCACACCAUCUGGGUCUUGUUUUGAUGGGUACCACUCUCGUAGGACUUCAGGACGUCAUCUCUUUGGCCGCACCUACUAUCCCACCAAUGACGCGGUCGCCGUUUUCUAACCUCAUUCCGGAUUUCGUCAUAACUGGACCGGAUUUCGGACGGAAAGGUCCAGGCGGAUAUUUGUGCGCAGGUUUCUAUGGCAACAAAUGGCAGUUCCGGACAGAUUCUGCAUCAUGUACCUGUUGAUAUUAAAGCAACUCUUCGGUUUAUUGGUCUUCACUGGAACAUAUUUUGAACUUAGUUUGAUUAUCCUCCCUGGGUCGUCGGAUUGUAUCAAUUAUAAUGGCCUCUUUAGAUAAUGAUUGUCAAGACAUGGGUCAAAAUGACCGCUUAAGACGGUGGACAUAUUUUUAGAUGUCGGCUGAUAGCAUCAUUGUCAUUCAAAGAAAGGCAUCUGAAAGGUGGUCACCUGUCUUUAGCAGCCACGUCGAUUGACUUACUGCUUGACACAGGUUAAACUCAAUUCAGCGCCACUAUACACAUUUCCUUACUAAACUUAACAGGCGACUUACAUUCCAUUACAUAUAAAUAUAUUGAAUUUCAACGAACAUAUUUUACCAUUGUUUUAAGUACCUGAUAUACAAUGAUUUUCUAUGUGCAAACAUUGUAUCACUUUGUGCGUUACAAUUAUGUAAAUUUGUAUAUGCUUGUUACGGUCAGUUUCUGUUGUGUCUAAUGUGUCUAU